AUGGCUCUGCACGGCCUCUCCUGCGCCUCCUGCGUCGGGUCCGUCACCGCCGCCCUCGAAUCCAUCCCCGGCGUGCACGCCGUCUCCGUCAUCCUUCUCCCGCAGCGCGCUAUCGUCACCCACGACCCACGUGUGGUUGAGAGCGCGGAGUUGCAGAGGGAGAUUGAGGGGUUGGGGUUUGAGGUGCUUGAUGUUGCGGUUGUGGGUGUAAAGGAGAAGAAGGAGAAGAAGGAGAGCGAUGAUGGGAUUGUGGAGGUUGUUCUUGGCGGUGUCGGCGAUGAGGAGGCGACUGUGGUGACGACGAAAGUAGCAAUCGACGGAAUGAGCUGCGGAUCCUGCGUCAAAGCCGUCGAGGACGCAAUCAAAAGCAAACCGGGCGUCCACUCCGUCGCCGUCAACCUCCUCACCGGGCUGGCAACCGUGAAACACAUCCAAGCCUCCACGGGCAUCCGCGACCUCCUCGCCACCGUCUCCGACCUCGGGUACACCGCCACCCUGGCCCCGCAGACUUCGCGGGAUGCGCUAGCCCGGCAACGGUCGCGGGAGGAACUUACACAUCAGCGCCGGCUAGUCUUUCUCGCUUUUCUUGCUGCGCUGCCGACUGUCAUUUUCUCGAUGAUCUUCAUGAUGGCGUUACCCGAAGAGAGCGGGGUCCGGAUGGCGAUGAUGAUGGAGGUGGUGCCGGGGUUGUCGGUUGUGGGCCUGGUGAUGUUUUGUAUCGCGACGCCGGUGCAGGUCGGGCUGGGGUGGGGGUUUUAUCAGAGGGGGUGGAAGGCCGUGCGGUAUACCCAUUCUGCCAACAUGGACGUCCUCGUAGCCCUCGGCACCUCCGCGGCCUACCUCUACUCCCUCUACGCCAUCAUCGUCGACAUGGUCUCCAAGAACACAGCCACCGCCGAAAUUUAUUUCGAGACCUCGGUGCUCCUCAUUUUUUUCAUCCUGCUGGGCAAAUACCUCGAGGCGUUUGCAAAGGGCAAGACAUCCGAGGCUAUCACCAAGUUGAUGUCGCUUGCGCCCAAUACUGCGACGUUGGUGACUUUGGAGGAGGGGAGUGGGAGGGUGGUGAAGGAGGAGGUGGUUGAUAUCGCGUUGGUGCAAGUGAACGACAUCCUAAAAGUAGCACCCGGCGCGCGCAUCCCCUGCGACGGCCUCCUCCACCACGGCACAACCUACAUCGACGAAUCCAUGCUCACCGGCGAAUCCCGCCCCGUCCCCAAACACCCCCUCGACCCCGUCCUCGGCGGCACCGUCAACAACACCUCCCCCAUCCUCAUCAAAGCCAACAAAAUCGGCUCGGAUACAACUUUGUCGCGUAUCAUUCGCCUUGUGGAGGAGGCGCAGACGUCAAAGGCGCCUAUCCAAGCCGUCGCGGACCGGAUUGCGCAUUAUUUCGUCCCCGUGGUGAUUGUGCUUGCGGUGCUCACGUUCCUCGCGUGGCUCGUAGCGGUCCGGAGCGGCGCGGUACCCGAUGCAUGGCUGAAAAACGGGCAGAGCGGGGGUUUACUCGCGUUGAAUUUCGGGAUUGCGGUGGUCGUUAUUGCGUGCCCGUGUGCACUGGGACUGGGCACGCCGACGGCGGUUAUGGUGGGCACCGGGGUUGCGGCGAAGUAUGGCAUUAUGGUGAAGGGGGGUGGGAAGGCGUUGGAGUCGGCGUGUAGGGUUGGCGCGAUUGCGUUUGAUAAGACGGGGACGUUGACGACGGGGAAGCCGGUUGUUACGGGGGUUUCGAUUCUUAGUGAAUCGGACGCCAGUAAUGGGGUUGCGUUGUCGCAAACGGAUAUCUGGCAGUUGAUUGUUGCGCUGGAGAAUUCGAGCAAUCAUCCGUUGGCGAAAGCGAUUGUGGACUUUGGAGUUGAAAAGACCGGAGCGGCGCCGAAUCGGGAUGUGUUAUCGCAACACCGCCGGUUCACGGUCGAUGCGCUCAAGGAGGUUCCCGGGCUGGGACUCGAGAGUACCGUCACCGUCCAAGGGGCGGAUACCACAGCUACGAUGAAGGUGUAUAUCGGAAGCCAGCGGCACGUUUCCGCGGCGUGUGACUUGCUGCCGUCUAUUGCCACCGACGCGCAGACGUCCAUCGACAAGUGGCAAAACGACGGUAAAUCAGUCGUAGUGGUCGGUAUGCAGCCAAUAUCAGUCCCCUCCGCGGAUGCACCCCUCGCCCCACCACGACCCCGCGGCACAAUCCACGCCCUCCUCGCCAUCUCCGACACCCUCCGCCCCGAAGCCCCCUCCGUCAUACGCGCCCUCCACUCCCGCUCCAUCGCCGUCUACAUGCUCACAGGCGACAACCCCGCCACCGCACACGCCACCGGCGCCCUCCUCGGCAUCCCCCGCACUCACAUCCUCGCCCAAGUCCUCCCCCACGAAAAAGCGGAUAAGAUCAAAUACCUCCAAUCCACACUCAAGUCCUCCACCCGCAACAAAGUCGCCAUGACCGGCGACGGAAUCAACGACUCCAUCGCCCUCGCCCAAUCCGAUGUCGGGAUCGCACUCGGCGCCGGCUCCGACGUGGCCAUCGAGUCCGCGCAGGCCGUGUUGAUGAAAUCCGAUCUAAGGGAUGUGCUCAUCCUACUUGACCUGUCGCGGGUGACGUUCAACCGCAUUUUGAUCAAUUUUGGCUGGGCGUUUGGGUAUAAUGUGUUGUGUAUACCGGUUGCGGCGGGGGUGUUUUAUCCGGUCGGGCAGUGGGGGUUGGCGCCGUGGAUGGCGGGGAUUGCGAUGGCAGGGAGUAGUGUUUGUGUGGUGGUUAGUAGUUUGGCGUUGAAACUUUAUCGGCCGCCGAGGGUGUAG